AUCCGAGGCGAUUUAACUCAAUGUAAAAGACAGAGGUGUAACAAAUAUCGGAUCACAUGACAGUUUGGCGUACUUGGAUACCACACUUGACUUGCCAUAGGUGAAAGCAGGCGCGUGGAAUACAAACUGUGAAAUUAAUCUAAACCGUAAAAUAUUGAAUAUGCCUUAGACGUUGGAGUAAACAUUCAAAAUGAGUGCUAGAAUGAAUGGAUAUUCGAGUGAUCGUGAACGACGUCCGGCAUCCGAACAGAUGUCGGACCUUCAUGUUUACUUGGUUCCACCAGAAAUUUGGAGAGAAAAAUACCAUAAUGCAUUAAACCAAAACAUUAACGAAACAGUUUCCAUAGGUUUUAUCAGAGUUCAUCCAGAAACAAAAGUAUAUGCAUUACGAGAUGAAAUAGAACAACAGCUUGGUACAGACAAUGUCCCGAGAGAAUAUGUUUUUGUUAAAAGUGUUGGUAGAAGUUUAACUAGAGUAAAAGCAAGACAAGAAGCUACUUUGAAAGUAAAGAACUUUCUACCACCUCAGGCAUAUGCACCAGAACUGUAUUUAUUAGAAGCAACUCCAGAAGUGCGUCAACAGAUAGCAGCUAGCAGCGAGAACUCGACGCGACCCGAGACUCGUACCUCAUACGACUAUGAUUUUAUGAAUAGACAAAACAAAGGACGAAAUAAUCACUAUUAUCACGGUAGUGAUGAAAGCCUCCAGAAUUCCAAACGUAGCAACUUGUCAAAUGGUGCUGACUUGAAUACACAUUAUGCAACACUUCCACAAAUCACGCCACGCAAUAUUAACUCCCCUGAAAAACAGACAAGACCAGUUGUGUACAAGACUUCUGCCACUCCACGUGAACAGUCUACUCGAGAACCAACUGGUCAAAUUGUGCAACAAAACAAACAAUACCUUUCAGUGGACUGGGACUCAAGUGAUAAACAAAACAGUUAUUUUUCUGAUAACCAGUCUAACAAUCAAAAUAGUGAAUAUUCAGAUAAUCAGUCUAACACUAAUGUAGGUCAGUCUCAGGAACAUCUUAGAGUUAGUCACCCACAUUCUGAUUCUGCCCCCAAUCUAGAUCCCCCUCAGCACCAUCUGGCUAGCUCACCCCGGCGGCAGCAGCAGCCUGGCCCCCAGGAGGCAUACCUCCAGCCGCUUAGUGCCACACCCCCUCACAAUGACAGUGAGAAUGAUAAGAACAGUAAACGUCAUCAUGGUAACCAUGGUAACCAACAUAAACAUGAUGAAGACUCCGGUAUUGCAGGGUUUACACCAGAUACAUACAGGGAAAAUGAACCACUGGAUCGACGGAAAAAUGAAACUGAUGAACGAGUAAUAGUUCCAUCACCAGAAGCCAAUGAGUCAGAUCGUCUCGAUAGAUCCCAAAAUGAGAAUGAUACAUCUGAUUGGGAGCGAAGGAGAAAGGAGGAGCAAGAUAGACAGAAGAGGGAGGAGGAAGAAAGGAGGAGGAGAGAAGAAGAAGAAAAUAGGAGGGAUGAACAAGAUAGAGAAGAUAGGGCAGAACAAUCAAGACUCAUGAGAACCAACUCUGACCAGUUGUCCGAAAAAGGAGUGCCCGAACCUGCUGUAGAAAUGAGUCGGCAGAACACCUUAAAGGAAAGCAGCAAUAUUUCGAAAAACGAGUUGACCCGAUACCCCUCUCCUCCGCCACUCAGACUUGCCUCCCCUGACAGGGACACUGCAUCAGCACGUGCAAGACGCAAGAAACAAAAAGAGGAAUUACUACGGGAACUGGAAGAGGCGCGUGAGGCUCGGCGGGCAGCAGAAAGACAGCGGGAAGAACUUGUUAAACAUGCAAAACAAAUGCAAACAAAAACACAGAAUAAACGAAAUCAUGCUCGAGAUUUAUGGAAGAAAAGAUAUUUUGAAGAGAAAAAGAAGACUGGGCCAUUAGAAGAACAGUGCAACAGACUACGACAUGAACUGGACAUUAUUCAUAAAAAAUUACUCACAACUUUAGAGGGUCCUAAAGAAAAGGCUACUAAAUUAAAUGAUAUAAAACCCUCGAACAAGUUAUUCAGAUACUUUGAUAGGGAAUUGAGAGCUUACAGAAAACUGAAUAGCUUCAAAAUUCAAGCGACAAGAUUACAACAUGAAAUUGAAGAUAUUAGACGUAGGGUGGAUCAUGCGAAAAUGAAAUUAACCAGUGAAAUGAAGAACAAGCCGUACCUAACCAAGUUUUAUGCUAAACGAGUCUACGAAAUCAAGCAGAAACUGAACUCCGAGCGUUACGAGCUGAGCUGACGCAGAAGAAAAUAAACUUGACAUUAUCUAGAAACUCUCAUUUAACAACAUAUGCACCUCCUGCAGCAGACGUCAAUUUAAUAUCCGCAAGAACUGGACUUACUCCAAGAUCUUAGUUUGCAAUUUUUUUUCAUGCAUGUAUACAAAUAUUCUACCUAAAUUCUGGUCUCAAGAAGGGUUGAUAAAAAAUCCAUCAGUGAUAACAUCUUCAUAAAUAUUUUGUUUCAAGAGAUCAAUGCCGUCAGGUUUUUUUUUCGGAGUUGCUUCUGAAGGCAUGGUUGGAGGCUACUGAUUUUUUUCUGUAAAAAUGCCAGAAAGAUUCAAUGAAACUUCAGUACCUUAAUGGCUACAAUCAGAAUUUAGGUGUUUAACAGCAGAUGCAUCCAGCAGUGUAAAGACACAUUAGUACUGCAGUAGAAAAAGACAGCUGAAACAUACAGAGGUUUCGUCUGUCUAAUUUCUAGCGCAUUGAGGAGUGCAGAAAAUGUUAAGGUGAUUUUCAGAACAGCAACAAUACAGAGAGGUAUGCCAGUCAAACUAAUUCCUGAGAAUACAAACGUCCAUUACGCAAGCUCAGUGCCAGCAGUUCCUGCAAAAUGAAUGUUUGAUGUUUGGAUUUGUUUUGUAAUCGUCAAUAUUUGUCAUUUUUUACAAUAAAUGUUUGUUUCGUUUCAUUAGGCGUCACCAGCUGUACAAUAUCAUUGGUGAGAUACACAUACCUAACUGUAGAUACAUGUAAAAUUGUUAAUGUCAAAACGUCCGUUAGUCAGUAUUCAUGUAUAUAUUUUUGAAACUUAUUUAUAAAAGCUCCUAUAGAUGUAUUCGGAUGUUUAUAUCAUAUGAACUAUGUUACAGGCUCAUUUGAUGUUGUCAAUGUUCUAGGUUAUACGUUUACUGAGCCAGUUUUUCACCCCCGUUUAAAAUCCUUUUUUUUUUUUACUAGUCAUUAUCUGUGAUAAUCAAAAUGUGAACAUUUACUGAAAAACAGUUUGAAAACACACCGCUGAGACUUGUCUAGUAUCAGUAUGCCCUUUAAAAAUUGUGAAUUUAAUGUACAAUUUACAUUUGUACAGGUCACUUGAAUGUCAAUUAUUUCUCUCCCCAUUCCAUCCUCUUGGCAUUUUUUUUCACCAAAACUUUUUCUAAAAUUAUCGGAAGUUACAUAUUUAUUUUGUAGGCCAUUGAACAUGGACGCAUUCUGUGAAACUAUUUCAUGUAUAUGACAUUUUGAAAAAAUAAUCUUACACAUUGUUAUUCUGUCAUCAACUGUAGAACCAGAAGUUAUCUGGAAAGGUCCUGUUUUGCUAUAUUUGCAAUGUCAUGAAUUUAUCUUUUAAAGCUAAUGGAAGCCUGUGUAAUAUUUCAGCAAAACUGAAAGUAGAAACUUGCAAACCUCACAAAAUAAUGUGAUUUAGCUUGGCGAAAUUUUGGCCACGUGAAAAUGUCAGAUUCUACAAUAAUGAAAUAAUUCACCAAACAUUAUGUAAUUCAGUGUGAUAAAUGUUUUACAGUAAGAGGACAUUCACUGCUAUGUAACUGUUAAUGUCUUUUUGCCUGAAAGCUCAUCAGCUGUGAUAACAUGUAAUUACUUUAUAUAUGCAUAUCAAUUAAUUUAAUAUAAAAUGUUCUCUGUCUGUAAUUGCUGAAGUAAUGCUAUUUUUGUGGUCCAUGUUUUCAUGUUCAAAGAAAAUGAAACAUUGUCAUUUUCAGAGGCAAAUGUUUCAAAUUUAGCUCAAGCCAUUUUGAUAUCCAUCUCUUGUGGAAACCUUUUUUAACAAUUGGGUAGAAAUAGUUCAGUUUCUUUAUUCCAUUCAUUCAAUUUUUAUCAUGCCAAAAUAAAGUUUUCUACAAUUAAGAAUUUUUUGAGAAAACAGCAAUGUGUUUCUCACAGUUAAAACAGUAAGUUUUGUUUGUCUGAUUCUUUUUGCAGCUCAACUAUGAAAUGAUUAUGGUAUGCUUAUGAUCUUAACCCUUACCCUGCUAAUUUUCUGUAAUGAACUUGUCCAUCUUCCAUUUUGGACAGUACCAUUAACUGUUAAAAAGAGUGUUUACCAAAAAGAUACUGGCUGAAAAGUGAACAGUGCAGAUCAUGAUCAGACUGCAUGGAUGUGCAGGCUGAUCAUAAUCUACAAUGGUCGCAAAGGCAGAAUCAGUUGUGUCCAGCAUGGUAAGGGUUAAAGGUCCAAUACUAAGGAAAGUGAACAUUUUAAUUUCUUUUAAAAAGCACAGAAACUAUUUCAUUUUAUUGGAAAAUGAAAGUUGGUAUGUAGAAAUUCGAAAUAAAUCGCAGUAUAUGUUCAAUUAUUUUUCUAUGAAGUAUGAAGAAAGUUAAAAAGACCUGGGGGGUCAUUCUGUCGAUUCAUUGAAAUUUCAACAUAAUACACAUACAUUUCUUUGAGUUCCAAAGACCUUUUGUAAAUUUUGACCUGCCAAUCUUCAUUAUUUAGUGUCUUGCAGAAGUCUAUGCACUGGCCAUGAAAAAAAUUGCCAACUCACUUUCCCUUAGUAAUGGACCUUUAAAUAAAGCUUUCAAAUAUCAUUAUGUUUAUGGCAAAUACAGUCUGAAUUGUAUAGUAAAUCUAUAAAUCUGUAUCUGAACAUUCUCUGUCAUUUCAGUAAGAUAAAGGAAUGCAACACACCUUUUUAAGUAUAUAUUUGUGACUCUUAAGUCUGCCUCUGUAAGAAGACAUCAGUUUCUGUGGUUAUAAAACAAAAGUUAGGCAACCAGUCUUAAAAACUGUAGCAUUACGGCCAACAUUAUGAUAUUGGAGACCAGUCUCCGAGUAGUAGCACCCGAGUGGCCAUUUUGAGUUACGUGACCAACUGCAAAGUUGAAUUCUGUGGCUGGGUUCUAAACAAAGUUCUGAGCACAAUUAUUCAAUCGACCAAUACUUAGUUUUUCUGAGACUGUCUUUAAAAUACAUUUCUGUAACCUUGUGGCAAAGCUCCAAGGUCUAGUACGUAGACCAGUCUAAGAAUGGAGCUUUGCCAUUGGUCAAUUUCAAGACUGGGCAUUAAAAGCCAAUCAGAUGCUAGAAUUUUUAGACUGGUUAGCAAACACAGCUUAACCCAAAAGAGACUGGCUCACAUAGUGUAACUAUUGUAAUUGUUUUCAGAGAGGGUAAAUUGAUUUUGUAUUUUCAGUUUCUUUAAAUAAAAUGGCUGGUUAGAUAGAAUGGCAUAUACUUUGCAAAAAAUUUUUUUUUUUUUUUUUUUUUUUUGGAAUGAUCAGUUUCAACUAAUUAAAAGCAUGGUGUACAUGGCAGUGUUCUUCUGAUAUUUAUGAUGAAUUUCUGGAGGUAUGCUCAUUUAAUAAAGUAAUCCAUUUUUGAAGUUUUCUUACAUUCUUGAACUUCCAUAUACCUUUUUUCAGACUAAUACAAAGGGAAGUAACUACUUGCCAUUAAAUCUAACCUAGCCAUUGCUUUUUUUAGGUAAGGUUAUGUUGGUAAAGUGCCUCUUACUAUAUUGUUUACCAUUGUUGUUUAUAUACUUGACAUUAAACAAAUGGACAAGAAAAUUGUUAUAGUUAAAUUUAUAUAUUUUGCUAGCAAUAUCAUUUCAUUUCUUUCUAUUACAAACCAUAGAAAAAAGUUAAAAUUAAAUUGUUACACAUUUA